UUGUGAACUUAACCCUUUGGCAGUGGAAAACUAGCAGGUUACAAGAGCUAAAUAUAUACCAAGCUUUAGUUAGACUACUAUGGCAAUCCCAAAACGCCAAUUUACCAUGGCAGCAACACAACGCCUAUGUCAUCCUAAAUCCACCAUUAGAGGCACAUCAACUUGUGCUUCACUUGUCACCUCAACCCCACAAUCUGAUGACACAUUUUUAGUCCACAAAAUUUUAUGGAACCUAAAACAAGGUAACCCAAUUACCAAUUCUUCACUAUUAUUAUUACAUAGUUUAAACCCAUCUACUUUUCUUGAAGUUCUUGGCAAUUUUCGUGAUAAUUUACAUUUAGCACAUAAAUUCAUCAACUUGGUUUCUUUAAACUGUCCUAAUUUCAAGCAUACCUCUAGUUCAUUGAGUGCUACUGUACAUUUCUUGAUUAGGUGUAAAAGGGUAUCUGAUGCACAGGCUUUUAUACUAAGAAUGAUUAGAAGAAGUGGGGUUUCAAGAAUUGAGAUUGUGGAAUCUUUGGUGUCAACUUAUGGUUUAUGCGGGUCGAAUUCAAAUGUUUUUGAUUUGCUUAUUAGGACUUAUGUACAAGCUAGGAAGAUUAGGGAGGGUGUAGAAGUUUUUAGGUUGUUGCAAAGUAGGAAUCUUUGUGUUCCGAUAAACGCGUGUAAUGGUCUUUUAGGAGGGCUUGUAAAGAUUGGUUGGGUGGACUUGGCAUGGGCAGUGUAUGGUGAAAUGAAAGGGAGUGGAAUUAAGCCAAAUGUGUAUACCCUUAAUAUAAUGGUGAAUGCUUUGUGUAAAGACGGGAAAAUUGAUAGCGUGAAUCCGUUUAUUCAAGAAAUGGAAAAGAAGGGAAUUUUUCCGGAUAUGGUGACUUAUAAUACUUUGAUAAAUGCGUAUUGUCACGAGGGUCUUCUUGAAGAAGCGUAUGGAGUGAUAAACAUUAUGAAAGCUACGGGGUUAAGACCGUGUCUUUUGACUUAUAAUUCUAUUCUCAAUGGUUUGUGUAAGAACGGACAAUACGGGAAAGCAAGGGAAGUUUUGGUUGAGAUGACAGAGAUUGGACUGGCCCCUGAUACUGCUAGUUAUAAUACAUUGCUUGCUGAGUGUUGUAGAACAGGUAACUUGCUGGAAGCAGAAUCUGUUUUCAAAGAAAUGUCGUGUCGAGGUAUCAUCCCUGAUUUGGUUAGUUAUAGUUCUCUUAUUGGGUUGUUUUCAAGAACAGGUCGUCUUGACGGCUCAUUGGCAUACUAUAAGGAUAUGAAAUGCAAGGGUCUUAGACCAGAUAAUGUAGUCUACACAAUUCUCAUUGGUGGGUUUUGUAGAAAUGGUUCUAUGAAGGAGGCUAUGAAGAUGCGUGAUGAAAUGCUUGAGCGGGGUUUAGUUAUGGAUGUUGUGACUUACAAUUCUAUAUUGAAUGGGUUAUGCAAAGAAAAGAUGCUUCAUGAAGCUGAUGAGCUUUUCAAUGAGAUGGCGGAAAGAGGUGUAAAUCCUGAUUUUUACACUUUCACCACACUUAUCAAUGGAUAUUGCAAGUGCGGUAACAUGGACAAAGCACAGACCCUGUUUGAGGACAUGCUACUGAGAAACCUUAAGCCUGAUGUUGUGACAUACAACAGCUUGAUUGAUGGAUUUUGUAAGGUUGGUGAUAUUGAAAAAGCUUUCUGUUUAAGGGAUGAGAUGAUCUCUGUAAAUAUAUCUCCUAAUUAUAUUACUUAUAGUAUUCUCAUAAAUGGCUUUUGUAAUAAGGGUUGUGUAUCUGAUGCAUUAAGGCAAUGGGAUGAGAUGAUUGUCCUAGGUAUAAAACCUACUAUUGUGACUUUCAACUCUAUUAUCAAGGGCUAUUGCAGGUCUGGUGAUGCUUCAAGGGCAGAUAAGUUUCUGAACAAGAUGCAAUCCAAAGGAAUAUUUCCUGAUUCAAUUACGUAUAAUACUCUUCUUGAUGGGUUUAUAAGAGAAGAGAAUAUGGAUAAAGCUUUAGAUUUGGUUAAUGAAAUGGGAAAUCAAGGUCUGUCACCUGAUGUUAUUACCUAUAAUACCAUACUGGAUGGUUUCUGUAAAUUUGGUAGAAUGCAGGAAGCCAACAUGCUGUAUAGGAAAAUGGUUGAGAGGGGUAUUAACCCUGGCAAAUCCACAUAUACAUCAUUGAUAAAUGGAUAUGUCUCUCAGGAUAACUUGAAGGAGGCUUUUCGUUUCCAUGAUGAAAUGCUGCAGAGGGGUUUCAUUCCGGAUGACAAGUUUUAACCUCAGUGCUGUUUGAGCCAGGUGAAGUUUAUGACCAUCAAAUUCUGACAUUUCGCGAGUUCUGCUUUAUGCAGUUUCAUUGCUGGUGUACGAUAAAGAACUAGCUAAUCUGAAAUAUGCUUUGAUUGAUUUGCGGAGAACUAUUGAGAAAUCACUUGCUGGAGGAGAUACUUACGGGGGCUCAACUGGACAUCUGCUCUCUAGGGAACUGUCGGUCAGUGAGACAUUAUCCAGACACAGAGCGGUGCUUAUUCAGAAAUGUGCUUUUGGCUGCGGUGGCAAACUUAAGAGGGCCUUUUGGUAGAGCUGUGAUAAAGAUUGCCUCAAGGGACGAUGACGGUGAGACAAGUGAAUCAGAAAAGUUAUCCAUGUCUAUCUGCUUGAACUUCAUGUUUAAGCUAGUUCUGUUUGGAUCCACCAUGGCUGGAGAUUAUUCAUCAUGAUCCGUGAGAAGAUGACUCUGUAUGCAGGAACAAGAUAUUAACAUACCCUGUCAAGCCUGUGAAAGAUAUAUUAUGUAUUCCUAGAAAGGAUUUUCAGCGAUCAUCAGUCCAAAAUCAACCAUAAACAUUCAAAAAUUCAAUCAUGAGGAACAGUGUCCUUUGAACCAAAAUGACUUUAGAGAAUGUCUCCCCCAUCUAUCUGGAUCAGAUUUAAUCAGCUUGCGCUUACCUCGACUAAUUUCACGGGAUACCUCCCACCAGCAACAGGUACCAGGUAACUCUAUCGACCAAGGCUAGGACAGAUGGGAAGAAAUCACCUAGUAUUUUUUGUCUCUGCUAGGAUUUGAACCUGAGACCUCAUGGUUCUUACCCACUUCAUUGACUACUAGGCCAGACCCUUGGGUGCUAGAGUCUCAGUUUUAUUUCAAGAAAACCAUCGAUAUACAAGAAUAAAUUGGAAUAAGUACAAAAAAAGAACGAAAUAUGUUGCCCAAAUAAUGUAAAUCAAAAUUACUCAUAAAUACAAACACCAAAUAUUUACAAGUUGUGAACAAAGGGCAAAGAUUGCUCUUAACUAUUCACAACUGCCAGUGCUUCCUAAUCUCACAAGCAGAGCCGGUCUUGACUUCAAUCAUGCCCAUUUUCUCCAUGGCUUGACCAAAUUCAGCGUAGAAUUGUUUGAGUGAUCCUUGUACUACUUGGUCGAUGUAUGACUUUGGUAUUGCACUUGUUGUCAAGGCUGCAUCAGAUUGGAAUAGCCCCUUUUUCUCUUGAGCACAAGCUGAAAGUAGCUAAGAUCAAAUUUACUGGACCUAACAGGAUCCAUUUCAACAAUUGUCGUUUUGUCAUUGAUUGAUACGCAUUUCUUCGCCUUAAGAUUAGUUGCAUAUUCUAGAGAUGGAUCUUGCAUGCCCAAAAUUCCGGUAAAAUUGUAUAAACAUCAUUUCAGGAUCUUGUGUGCCCAAAAUUCCGGUAAAAUUGUAUAAACGUAUUGGAAUGACGGGACUCAAAUGGUAUGUGCACCUGAUAGAAAGUUGUUCAUAGGUGUAAUGAUUUUUGUUUAAAAGACCUAAAUGUAUGGAAAGUUUUAAUAUAGCAUAAGGAGAAAUCACUAUGGAUGUACUCAUUUAAACUAUCAGAUAGGACCAUGUCUUUUAGGUCAAGACCCUUGCUAGCAAAAGAUGUCAGGAACCUGGAAAAGUUUAUUACUUGUUGAAGGAGGUGUUUGCCAAGGCUUCUGAGGCAUUUGAGAUUCUUCCAUCUUUUCUACCAGUUGGAACAUUCCAGUAAGGGCCUCCCUAUCAUGUAAAGAAGAAAAAGGAAGAUAACGAUUAAGAACCUAUAUCCUUUUAGCUUAGCACUUUCAUGUGUACAAUAACUAGUUUUAUUGGUUUUUCUAUUGCUGGCUUUAACUAUAACCUCAGUCCUCAGCUCUAUUUAUAUGAGCAAGAUAUGACUUAAGACCAACAUGUUGGAAACUAGUGUACAAGUUGGUUCAAGUCUUUUACUUACUGUGACGACAACAGAGGCUCUAGCAACCAAGGCAGCAAUAUCUGCACAAGAGACAACUCCAGGGCAUUCAGCUUCAACUACUUUCUUCACACCAUCGAUGAAUAAGAAGCCUCUCAGCGUUUGAUUAGGAAUAGCCACUUUUUCAGUCUCGUUUUUUGUGCUCGAAGUGAAAUUGAGGAGUACAGAUUCAUCGCAGCCCUGUAACAACCCAAUUAUUAAAAUCAGAAAACUACAUAACUUCAAGAAUGGAACUAUUCUUAUGAAAUGAGGUAUAAACUUACCCUGACAAAGCAAUCCUGGAAAUGCAGCCUGACCAAGGCAGCUGCAAGAUAUGAAGCAUUUGCAAUCCUCGGAAUUGAUGGAACAUAUAGAUGAAGUCGAAGAGUCGAUUGAAGUUAGCUCCACAAGUGUAUCUAGGAAGACUUCUAAGGUAUGGGAUCACUUUUGGAAGUUACCACUUGACACUAAUCCGGAUAGUAGGUUGAGGGCAAAAUGUAAAGAAUGUGGUCAGGUAUAUUUGGCUGAUUCUACGGCUGGAACUUCAAACUUAAAGCGUCAUCGAGCUAAACGCCAUAGCCAUGUGUCAGAAUCGGGUCGUUAUCCAGUUGUGAAUAAUGAAAUGUUCCGUGAAUUGAUGGCCAAAGCUAUAGUAAGGCAUAAUUUACCUGUUGCAUUUGUGGAAUAUGAAGGGAUAAGAGAGAUACUUAGUUUCUUGAAUCCUACUGUCACUAUUUCAAGAAAUACUUCAAAGGUUGAUGUUUUAAAAUUAUAUCAGAAGCAAAAAGAAAUAGUUCAUAAUGAAAUUGCAAAAAUUCCUAGUAGAGUGUGCUUGACUACUGAUUUGUGGACAUCAAUUACCUUAAAUGGUUACUUCUGUUUGACGGCUCAUUAUGUUGACUUGAAUUGGAUUUUACAGAAGAGGAUUCUAAUAUUCCGUCAUGUGCCUCCUCCGCAUACUGGUCACGUUUUGGGGCCAAUAUUGAUUAACUUUUGAAGGAAUGGGGAAUUGAGAAGAAAAUAUUUUCGAUAACCUUAGAUAAUGCAAGUUACAAUGAGAAAAUUGUGGAUAGUUUGAAAGAGCACUCAAACUUGAUGGAUUCUUUGGUAUGUGACGGGGACUUUCUCCAUAUUCAUUGUGCAAAUCAUAUCUUAAAUCUGAUUGUGAAAGCCGGUCUAAAGUCAAUAGAGGCUUCCAUCUUUAACAUAAGAGAAAGUAUUAAAUAUGUGAAAGGCUCCAAGUUGAGGAUAAUAAAGUUUGUGGAUUGUAUUGGAUUGAAGUUGACCGGGAAAGUGCGGCAAGAUGUGCCUACGAGAUGGAACUACACGUUUCUUAUGAUUGAGAGUGCAAUUCCUUAUUGUCGGGCCUUUUUUGACUUUAAAUUACUUGAUGUGAAUUUUAAAUGCUGUCCUUCAGAAAUGGAUUGGUAUAAGGCAGAAACAACUGCCAAAUUCCUAAAACCUUUUGAUGAAAUCCCUACUUUGUUCUCGGGAAGCCAAUAUCCGACGGCCAAUUUAUUUUUUCAGAAAGUGUGGGAAAUUCUAUUUUAAGUUUUGGAGGAAAAACCUUUGAUUUUUAAUGUACUGAAAAUAUAUGAAAUGAGUUGAAUUUUGUUUUCGA